CCAUGUCACCACCUCCAGUUAAUGAUUCCCCCAGUGAACAGUGGUGGCUGUGGCAGUAGGGCCUCCCCCCCUUGGGGAGAGAGGCAACCGAGACCCUCGGGGGUCCGUUCGGUGAAAUCUCAAAGCUGUCUUCCACUUUCUAGGGGUCACAAUUGGACCCCGGCAGGAGCAUGGUGUCCCCAGCUGGGGGCCAGGAACCCGGGUCCCGGGAAGGGGAGAAACAACAGCAGCCUUGAGCUCGGCCAGACUGGCUCACCUGAGGAGGAGGGGGCUGGGUUGGGGGGAGGGGAAGGGGCGGGAGCAAGGGCGGAGAAGAACCUGGCCAAUGGGAGUGGCUGCUGUCGGAAGCCACCUGCCCAGUUCCCCGGCCCCUGGGCACAGCUAGAGAGGGCUGCCUGUGGCCCAGGCUGGCCGGCGAGCCUUCUCUGCUUCCCCUGGCUGGGCCGGGGCUGCCCCUCUCGCUGCUGCUGCUGCUGCUGCUGCUGCUGCUGCUCCUGCUGCUGCUGCUGGUCCUCAGGGGCUUUGUCCAGAGGUGGAGGUUUGUGUAAACAGGAGGUGAGGGUGGGAGUGGCCGCUGAGCUCCCGGGCAGCCCGGGCACCUCGGGGCGCCGCGGGACCGGGAGCGCUGCUCUGCGGCUCCCCGUGGCCCCGGGCCGGCAGGAGUAAUCGAGCCCCUCAGCCCAGCCCCACAGCAGGCCCGAGGCCGGCCCUUGUCCUCUGCCCCCUGCUGCCCUCCCAUCUCUGCUUUCCCACAAGUCACGGGGUCUGGUUUGCUUUGGCAGCGCCUUCCUGAUGGGGCAGCCAGCGACCUCUGGAGCUGGGGAAAGUCCUGCGGCCACGGUGGAGGCGGAGGGAGGGAAGGAGAAAGCUCGGGUUUGAAUCUGGGGGGGAGGGAAGCGCAAGGAGCCCCCCGACAGGCAAAUGCGCGCCUCCCGGGCGCAACCGUGGGGAGCCAGGGCCAUCCGCGGGCAGAGCCGCCUCGCGCUGCCAGAACCAGACCCCUCCACGCCAGACACAUCCCCACGGGCGCCUGCGGGUUUCCUCAACACUGCGGGUGCGAACAUAGAGACACUCGGGGAGAACCGCUGGGGACAUCGAGGGCUGGCUCUGGAGCCGCGCGCUCCGCCCAGCCCGAGACCACGCCAGAGCCUGGACGUCGGACCCGGCGGUCCCCUCCUCAUCUCUCCCCCUUUCCUCCUGGGGCCCAGAGGCCUUUGCAGACGCUCUUUCGGUCUGAGAUCUAGGGCUCCAGAGGCCCCGGGGCCUUAGUUCUACCUCCGCUAAGUGGCCAAGGCCCACUCCCCACCCACGAGCAUCCCUGCCCUCCCACCCCACCCCCCCCUUGCUGGCUUCUACCCCUGUCUCUGCCCUUCUCCUGCCUGUGGCGCCAACAAUCACAUUAAUGGGACGUUAAUCACCUAACAGCCGCUGCUUUUGGAGUCCCCCAGUGGGAGCUCUGCUCUCCCCUCCCACACCGCCUCAGCCCACCUGGACGCCGUCCCCACCUCGGUCUGGCCCAGGAGCAGGGACAGGCCGACCUUCCCACGGGCAUCCUCAUCUCUCCCGAGCCUAAGAGAAGUACCAGCUGGAAGGAGCUGGGGCUUCUGCAU